UUAGAGAAGACAAGGAGGAUCCAAUGGAGGACGAGGAGACAAUUCUCAGGAAGAUGCGUCGGCUGACUGACUACUAUGACAUCCACAAGGAAAUCGGGAGGUGAGGCACCAGUUUGUAAAUAAAGCUAGGAAGAAGAAAAUAUAUAUAUAUAUACAGUACCAGUCAAAAGUUUGGACACACCUACACAUUCAAGGGUUUUUCUUUAUUUUUACUAUUUUCUACAUUGUAGAAUAAUAGUGAAGACAUCACAAACUAUGAAAUAACACAUAUGGAAUCAUGUAGUAACAAAUAAAGUUUUACACAAAUCAAAAUAUAUUAUAGAUUUUAGAUUCUUCAAAGUAGCCACCCUUUGCCUUGAUGACAGCUUUACACACUCUUGGCAUUCUCUCAACCAGCUUCAUGAGGAAUGCUUUUCCAACAGUCUUGAAGGAGUUCCCAUAUAUGCUGAGCACUUGUUGGCUGCUUUUCCUUCACUCUGCAGUCCAACUCAUCCCAAACCAUGUCAAUUGGGUUAAGGUUGGGUGAUUGUGGAGGCCAGGUCAUCUGAUGCAGCACUCCAUCACUCUCCUUCUUGGUCAAAUAGCCCUUACACAGCCUGGAGGUGUUUUAGGUCAUUGUCCUGUUUAAAAACAAAUGAUUGUCCCACUAAGCGCAAACCAGAUGGGAUGGUGUAUCGCUGCAGAAUGCUGUGGUAGCCAUGCUGGUUAAGUGUGCCUUGAAUUCUAAAUAAAUCACAGACAGUGUCACCAGCAAGGCACCAUCACACCUCCUCCUCCAUGCUUUACGGUGGGAACCACACAUGCAGAGAACAUCCGUUCACCUACUCUGCGUCUCACAAAGAUACGGUGGUUGGAAUAAAAAAUCUCAAAUUUGGACUCAUCAGACCAAAGGACAGAUUUCCACCGGUCUAAUGUCCAUUGCUCGUGUUUCUUGGCCCAAGCAAGUCUCUUCUUAUUAUUGGUGUCCUUUAGUAGUAGUUUCUUUGCAGCAAUUCGACCAUGAAGGACUGAUUCACGCAAUCUCCUCUGAACAGUGAAUGUUUAGAUGUGUCUGUUACUUGAACUCUGUGAAGCAUUUAUUUGGGCUGCAAUCUGAGGUGCAGUUAACUCUAAUGAACUUAUCCUCUGCAACAGAGGUAAACUCUGGGUCUUCCUUUCCUGUGGCGGUCGUCAUGAGAGCAAGUUUCAUCAUAGCGCUUGAUGGUUUUUGCGACUGCACUUGUAGAAACUUUCAAAGUUCUUGAAUUUUCCGUAUUGACUGACCUUCAUGUCAUGAUGUAAUGAUGGACUGUCGUUUCUCUUUGCUUAUUUGAGCUGUUCUAGCCAUAAUAUGGACUGGGUCUUUUAUUAAAUAUGGCUAUCUUCUGUAUACCACCCUUACCUUUUCACAACACAACUGAUUGGCUCAAACACAUUAAGAAGUAAAGAAAUUCCACAAAUUAACGUUUAACAAGGCACACUUUUUAUUAAAAUGCAUUCUAGAUGACUACCUCAUGAAGCUGGUUGAGAGAAUGUCAAGAGUGUGCAAAGCUGUCAUCAAGGCAAAGGGUGGCUACUUUGAAGAAUCUCAAAUAUAGUAGGCCCCUGUAGCUCAGUUGGUAGAGCAUGGAGCUUGCAACGCCAGGGUUGUGGGUUCGUUUCCCACGGGGGGCUCAGUAUGAAAAUGUAUGCACUCACUAACUGUAAGUCGCUCUGGAAAAGAGCGUCUGCUAAAUGAAUAAAAUGUAAAAUGUAAAACGGCCUACAGUGCCUUCAGAAAGUAUUCACACCCUUUGACUAUUCCACAUUUAGUUGUGUUACAGCCUGAAUUUAAAAUGGAUUACAUUUAUAUUUUUUUGUCACUGGCUUACACACAAUACCCCAUAAUGUCAAAGUGAAAUUAUAUUUUUCUAAUUUUGUACAAAUUAAUUAAGAAUGAAAAGCCGAAAUGUCUUGAGUCAAUAGGUAUUCAAUCCCUUUGUUAUGGCAAGCCUAAAUAAGUUCAGGAGUAGAAUAAUAGAAUAGUGUUUAACAUGAUAUUAGAAAUACUACCUCAUGUCUAUACCCCACACAUACAAUUAUCUGUAAGGUCCCUAAGUCAAGCAGUGAAUUUCAAACACAGAUUCAACCACAAAGACCAAGGAGGUUUUCCAAUGCCUUGCAAAGAAGGGUAUCUAUUGGUAGAUGGGUAAAAAAAAGCAAACAUUGAAUAUCCCUUUGACCGUGGUAAAGUUAUGAAUUACACUUUGGAUGGUGUAUCAAUACACCCAGGCACUACAAAGAUACAGGUGUCCUUCCUAACUCAGUUGCUGGAGAGGAAGGAAACCACUCAGGGAUUCCUCCAUGUGGCCAAUGGUGAAUUUAAAACAGUUACAGUUUAAAGGCUGUGAUAGAAGAACACUGAGGAUGGAUCAACAACAUUGUAGUUACUCCACAAUACUGACCUAAUUAGCAGAGUGAAAAGAAGGAAGCCUGUACAGAAAUUUCAAAACAUGCAUCCUGUUUGCAACAAGGCACUAAAGUAAUCCUGCAAAAAAUGUGGCAAAGCAAUUCACCUUUUGUCCUGAAUACAAAGUGUUAUGUUUGGGGCAAAAACAAUUCAACACAUCACUGAGUACCACUCUCCAUAUGUUCAAGCAUAGUGGUGGCUGCAUCCUGUUAUGGGUAUGCUUGUAAUCAUUAAUCAUUUUUCCAGAACAAAAAAUAAACAUAAUGGAGCUAAGCACAGGAAAAAAUCCUAGAGGAAAACCUGGUUCAGUUUGCUUUCCACCAGACACUGGGAGAUUAAUUCACCUUUCAACAGGACAAUAACCUAAAACACAAGGCCAAAUCUACACUUGAGUUGCUCACCAAGAAGAAAGUGAAUGUUCCUGAGUGGCCGAGUUACAGUUUUGACUUAAAUCUACUUAAACAUCAAUGGCGAAACCUGAAAAUGGUUGUCUAGCAAUGAUAAACAACCAAUUUGACAGAGCUUGAAGAAUUUUGAAAAGAAUAAUGGGCAAAUGUUUGCACAAUCCAGGAGUGGAAUGCUCUUGGAGACUUACCCAGAAAGACUCACAGCUGUAAACGCUGACAAUGGUGCUUCUACAAAGUAUUGACUCAGGGGUGUGAAAUCUAAUAUAAAUUCGAUAUUUCUGUAAUUCACUAUUAAUAUGUUUGCAAAAAUCUCUAAAACCAUGUUUUUCACUGUCAUUAUGGGAUAAUGUGUGUAGAUGGGUGAGACAUUUUUUUAUUUAAUCAAUUUUUAAAUCAGGCUGUAACACAACAAAAUGUGGAAUAAGUCAAUGGGUAUGAAUACUUUCUGAAUGCACUGAAUGUGGCAACAAUAUUAGUCAUAAACAUUUAUCCCAAUGCAGAAAUUAAAUAAUUACUAUAAUUUUGGUCAUAAAGUCAGUAUAUUCCAAAACAGAGUUUUGUGAGAUAUGUGCAACUGAUGUCGUCACGAUUUACAUGGGUUGGGCUUGGAUUACAAUCAUGCCCACUUACCCACUAACCUAACGUAGCAGGCGUAAAAUAAAUGCCUGAGCUGGGACCGGUUUUUCAGGCUUCACCCAUUCUUCUUUGUUUUUUCCCCUGAAAACCGGAAGCGUCCGUUUUUUGUCAACUCUGCUGAGGGUGCUUGCCCACUAACACAAGAUGGUAAUGCCAGUGAGAAUUGUCAUGCACGGAGAAACAGCUGCGCUGAUUGCGUUCUAUCCAAUCGUAGCCUCCAGACAGUGAGACAGACCUGCACAUUACGCAUCACUUCAGACUCGGACUUGUUUAUAUAAGACAACAUUUCGCCAAUGUUAUGUUGGAAGAACACUUGACCCCUAAGCCCUUUAUGGAGGGCAACUUGCUUAUGUGUUUGAUAGUGAUCACUCGAGUCUGCCAAAUGAGAAUUCAGACGAAGCGCACCCGCAUUCCAACUGCCAAAAUUCAAAACCCAUUCACGAAUCGCGAGCAUCUUAUGUCCGCCGCGACCAGUUUUGUAACAUGAUUUCAGUACAUCCUGCAAUGUAGAGGUCUAUGGUACUGUCUGCCGCCUUAAUAAUAUGAACAAUAUUUUGAUGUAAUGAUAAUAUCACCUGCUAGCCAUUCAUUGCCUCACCUCUAGGUUUGAUUAGAUAGACUUUAUGGUAACACUUCAGUGUUAAAGUAUGGCAACACUUUACACUGUUAAAGUGUUACUGACUUUAUUGUCUGAACAGAAAAUGUUUUAGCAUAACCAAUGGGUGGGCACACAAAGGUGGACAUUAACAGUGCAAAUACAGGUAACUGCCAAAGUAAGUUUUAAGUUUCAGGUUUUAUUGUCAUGUGCACACGUACAGUGAAAUGCCUUUCUUGCAAGCUCUUUCCCAACAAUUCAGUAAUCAAUAUCAGUAGUACUAUGAAAUAAAGUAAAGCAGAACAAAAGUAGAAAUAAGAAGAUCACAAGAAAGUAAGUAAGCAAUAUAGAGGGUCAGUUCCAGGGUCAGUGCCAAUACCUUAUUUACAAUGUGCAGGGAUACUGGAGUGGUAAGGGUAGAUAUGUAUAGGGGUAAGGUGACUAGGCAUCAGGAUAUAUGAUAAACAGAGUAGCAGCAGCUUGUAUGAUAAUUGUAUGUGAGUGUGUGUGCGUGUGUAUAGAGUCAGUAUGAAUGUGUGUGUGUGUGUUAUGUGUGUGUGAGCAAAUGAAGUGUGUGUGUUGGAGUGUGUGUGUGUGUGUGUGUGUGUGUGUGUGUGUGUGAGUGAGUGAGUGUGAAGAGUCCUGUGAGUGUGCAUAGAGUCAGUCCAAAAAUAAAAGGGUCAAUGCAGCCAUUUUGUUAGCUAUUUAGCAGUCUUAUGGCUUGGGGAUAGAAGCUGUUCAGGAGCCUGUUGGUGUCAGACUUGUUGCUCCGGUACUGCUUGCCAUGCAGAAGCAUAGAGAACAGUCUAUUGCUUGGGUGGCUGGAGUCUUUAACAAUUUUCCGGGCCUUUCUUUCACGCCGCCUGAUAUACUGUAGAGGUCCUGGAUGGCAGGGAGCUUGGCCCCAGUGAUGUAUUGGGCUGUCCACACCACCCUCUGUAGCGCCAUGCGAUCGAGGGCGGUGCAGUUGCCAUACCAAGCAGUGAAGGAGCCAGUCAAGAUGCUCUCAAUGGUGCAGCUGUAUAACUUUUUGAGGAUUUGAGGGCCAAUGCUCAAUCUUUUCAACCUCCUGAGGGGGAAGUGUGUCUGUCCGGCGUUCUUCACGACUGUGUGCGUGUGUGUGGACCAUUUUAAGUUCUUAAUUAAUUCAAUUCCAAUUCAUCCCAAAGGUGUUCGAUGGGGUUGAGGUCAGGGCUCUGUGCAGGCCAGUCAAGUUCUUCCACACCAAUCUCGACAAUCCAUUUCUGUAUGGACCUUGCUUUGUGCAAGGGAGCAUUGUCAUGCUGAAACAGGAAAGGGCCUUCCCCAAACUGUUGCCACAAAGUUGUAAGCACAGAAUCGUCUAGAAUGUCUUUGUAUGCUUAAGUGUUAAGAUUUCCCUUCACUGGAACUAAGGGGCCUAGCCAGAACCAUGAAAAACAGCCCCAGACCAUUAUUCCUCCUCCACCAAACAAACAGUUGGCACGAUGCAUUGGGGCAGGUAGCGUUCUACUGGCAUCCGCCAAACCCAGAUUCGUCCGUCGGACUGCCAGAUGGUGAAGAGUGAUUCAUCGCUCCAGAGAACGCAUUUUCCACUGCUCCAGAGUUCAAUGGCAACGAGCUUUACACCACUCCAGCCGACACUUGGCAUUGUGCAUGGUGAUCUUAGGCUUAUGUGCGGCUGCUCAGUCAUGGAACCCAUUUCAUGAAGCUCCCGACGAACAGUUAUUGUGCUGACGUUGCUUCCAGAGGCAUUUUGGAAUUCGGCAGUCCCAUUCUCUGAGCUUGUGUCCCGUUGUUGCUCCUAGACGUUUCCACUUCACAAUAACAGCACUUACAGUUGACUGGGGCAGCUCUAGCAGGGCAAAUAUUUGAUAAAACUGACUUGUUGGAAAGGUGGUAUCCUAUGGCAGUGCCAUGUUGAAAGUCACUGAGCUCUUCAGUAAGGCUAUUCUGCUGCCAAUGUUUGUCUAUGGCGAUUGCAUGGCUGUGUGCUCAAUUUUAUACACCUGUCAGCAAUGGGUGUGGCUAAAAUAGCCGAAUCAACUAAUUUGAAGGGGUGUCCACAUACUUUUGUAUCUAUAGUUUAUGUGUGGUAUUUUUAGUUAGUAAUGAAAGUUAUUAUAAAGUGUUACCUACCUUUGAUAUCUGACAUUGUCCUGUCUUGAUCCAUGAAAGACUAGGAUAAAAAUAUUAGUUCAAAUCUGUGUAGAUCUGUAGAUAACGGAGCCACCAAUUUAUUUAGACAUACAUUAUAGGUAUUUUAAUAUGUUGGAAUAGUCGAGGAGCAAUUAUGAGUGCUUAUAACAUAUAUUAUAAUGCACUAUGGGGUGACACUUGUCACCUUAAGUGCAUUUGUAAUGCUUUGUAAACAUAUGGCUUGUCAAGUGUCCAUGUGCAGCGGUAGGACGGAGUCAGGCGCAGGACACAGAACUGAGUAAACAACGUACUUUACUCGAAAAAACUACUCUAAUUUCCACGCAGGGAAAACACACCAGCUCACAUAAGUCUCAGACACAAAACAAAGAACAAACACACACAAAACCAUGUGGGAACCAGAGGGUUAAAUAGGGAAAUAAUAUAAUGUAAUGGGAACCAGAUGUGUACAAUCAAGACAAAACAAAUGGAAAAAGAAACGUAGAUCGGUGGCAGCUAGAAAGUCAGUGACGACGACCGCUGAGCGCCGCCCGAACAAGAGAGGCACCAACUUCGGCGGAAGUCGUGACAGUACCCCCCCCCCCCCCCCCCCCCCUUGACGCGCGGCUCCAGCAGCGCGCCGACACCGGCCUCGGGGACGACCCGGAGGAUGAGGCGUAGGACGAUCCGGGUGGAGACGGUGAAAUUCCUGCAGUAAGGAAGGGUCCAGGAUGUCCUCCACCGGCACCCAGCAUCUCACCUCCGGACCGUACCCCUCCCACUCCACGAGGUACUGAAGGCCCCUCGCCCGAACGCCUUGAGUCCAUGAUGGCUCGUAUAGUAUACGCCGGGACCCCCCUCGAUGUCCAGAGGGGGCGGAGGAACCUCCCCGCACCUCAGACUGCUGAAGCAGACCUGCCACCACCGGCCUGAGGAGAGACACAUGGAACGAGGGGUUAAUACGGUAAUCAGGGGGGAGCUGUAACCUAUAGCAUACCUUGUUCAGUCUCCUCAGGACUUUAAAUGGCCCCAAAAACCGUGGACCCAGCUUCUGGCAGGGCAGGCGAAGGGGCAGGUUUUGGGUCGAGAGCCAGACCCGGUCCCCCGGUGCAUACACCGGGGCCUCACUGCGGUGGCGGUCGGCGCUCGCCUUCUGUCGCCUGAUGGCCCGUUGCAGGCGCACAUGGGCAGCGUACCAUGUCUCCUCCGAGCGCCGAAACCAUUCAUCCACCGCAGGUGCCUCGAUCUGGCACUGAUGCCAAGGUGCCAUGACCGGCUGAUAACCUAGUACACACUGAAACAGAGACAUGUUAGUGGUGGAGGGAGUUUUGGGCCAUCUCUGCCCAGGGGAUGAAAGCCACCCACUCCCCCAGCCGGUCCUGGCAAUAGGACCGCAGAAACCUACCCAUAUCCUGGUUAACUCUCUCCACCUGCCCAUUACUCUCGGGGUGAAAACCUGAGGUCAGGCUGACCGAGACCCCCAGACGUUCCAUGAACGCCCUCCAGACCCUCGAUGUGAACUGGGGACCCCGAUCAGACACUAUACCCUCAGGCACCCCGUAGUGCCGGAAGACAAGGGUAAACAGGGCCUCCGCAGUCUGUAGGGCCGUAGUGAGACCGGGCAAAGGAAAGAGAUGGCAGGACUUAGAAAACCGAUCCACAACGACCAGGAUCAUGGUGUUACCUUGGGACGGAGGAAGAUCUGUCACAAAGUCCACUGAUAGGUGCGACCACGGCCGUUGUGGAACGGGUAGGGGUUGUAAUUUCCUUCUGGGCACGUGUCUAGGUGCCUUGCACUGGGCGCACACCGAGCAGGAGGAAACUUAAACCCUCACGUCCUUAGCUAAAGUGGGCCACCAGUACUCCCCACUAAGACAGCGCACUGUCCGACCGAUGCCAGGAUGACCAGAGGUUUAGGUUUAUUUGAACAGUGAGAGAAAGAAGAACAACAAAAAAAUCAAGAAAAACGCAUGUCAAAAAUGUUAUAAAUUGAUUUGCAUUUUAAUGAGGGAAAUAAGUAUUUGACCCCCUCUCAAUCAGAAAGAUUUCUGGCUCUUAGGUGUCUUUUAUACAGGUAACAAGCUGAGAUUAGGAGCACACUCUUAAAGGGAGUGCUCCUAACCUCAGCUUGUUACCUGUAUAAAAGACACCUGUCCACAGAAGGAAUCAAUCAAUCCGAUUCCAAACUCUCCACCAUGGCCAAGACCAAAGAGCUCUACAAGGAUGUCAGGGACAAGACUGUAGACCUACACAAGGCUGGAAUGGGCUACAAGACCAUCGCCAAGCAGCUUGAUGAGAAGGUGACAACAGUUGGUGCGAUUAUUCGCAAAUGGAAGAAACACAAAAUAACUGUCAAUCUCCCUCGGCCUGGGAAUUCAUGCAAGAUCUCACCUCGUGGAGUUGCAAUGAUCAUGAGAAUGGUGAGGAAUCAGCCCAGAACUACACGGGAGGAUCUUGUCAAUGAUCUCAAGGCAGCUGGGACCAUAGUCACCAAGAAAACAAUUGGUAACACACUACGCCGCGAAGGACUGAAAUCCUGCAGCGCCCGCAAGGUCCCCCUGCUCAAAAAAACACAUAUACAUGCCCAUCUGAAGUUUGCCAAUGAACAUCUGAAUGAUUCAGAGGAGAACUGUGUGAAAGUGUUGUGGUUAGAUGAGACCAAAAUGGAGCUCUUUGGCAUCCACUCAACUCGCCGUGUUUGGAGGAGGAGGAAUGCUGCCUAUAACCCCAAGAACACUAUUCCCACUGUCAAACAUGGAGGUGGAAACAUUAUGCUUUGGGGGUGUUUUUCUGCUAAGGGGACAGGACAACUUCACCGCAUCAAAGGGACAAUGGACGGCGCCAUGUACCGUCAAAUCUUGGGUGAGAACCUCCUUCCCUCAGCCAGGGCAUUUAAAAUGGGUCGUGGUUGGGUAUUCCAGCAUGACAAUGACCCAAAACUCACGGCCAAGGCAACAAAGGAGUGGCUCAAGAAGAAGCACAUUAAGGUCCUGGAGUGGCCUAGCCAGUCUCCAGACCUUAAUCCCAUAGACAAUCUGUGGAGGGAGCUGAAGGUUCGAGUUGCCAAACGUCAGCCUCGAAACCUGAAUGACUUGGAGAAGAUCUGCAAAGAGGAGUGGGACAAAAUCCCUCCUGAGAUGUGUGCAAACCUGGUGGCCAACUACAAGAAACGUCUGACCUCUGUGAUUGCCAUCAAGGGUUUUGCCACCAAGUACUAAGUAAUGUUUUGCAGAGGGGUCAAAUACUUAUUUCCCUCCUUAAAAUGCAAAUCAAUUUAUAACAUUUUUGACAUGUGUUUUUCUGGAUUUUUUUGUUGUUGUUAUUCUGUCUCUCACUGUUCAAAUAAACCUACCAUUAAAAUUAUAGACUGAUCAUGUCUUUGUCAGUGGGCAAACGUACAAAAUCAGCAGGGGAUCAAAUACUUUUUUCCCUCACUGUACAUCCGGGACAGUGUGUCUGCCUUAGCGUUCUGAGAACCUGGUCUGUAGGAUAGGGUGAAAACAAAAUGGGUGAAAAAACAUGGCCCACCUUGCCUGGCGAGGGUUCAGUCUCCUCGCCGCCCAGAUGUACUUCAGAUUGCGGUGGUCAGUCCAAAUGAGGAAAGGGUGUUUCUAGCCAAAUCGGCAUAUUCGGGGGGAGAGGCACCAACUUCGGCGGAAGUCGUGACAUGGCUCUUAUGGAGCUAACCCUGCAGAUAGCGCUACUGGGUGAUCUGAAAAGUCAUAGUCAAUCGAUCAAUAAUAUAAUAAUUAUUUUAGCAAAAAUGUUAUUUUCAAUUUACAAUCUGUAGAAACAAUGAGAAUAGAAAGGUUCAGAACUUUUGUAAAACAUCACAGUACAUUUGAAAAAUAUAUGGCAAAUAGAAAUCCAAUGUGGAUGGUGUUAAGAGAUAGAUGGGAGGUGUUGAAUGGAGCUGAAGGAUGGGACUAAUAACAACAACUAAUAACAACAAGAUAACUAAUGUAAAGCAUACUAUGUCCAUUAUAAGUAUAUAGGUUAUAGGUUGAGAGCUUUUGUGAAAGAGCACAGUUAGAAAAAUAUGCCAUAUAGAAGCAAACCAGAUGGACAUCAUGAACAUGAUCGAAAGAAGUUCAGGAGUAAAAACAAACAAAAUAUAAUUAUUGUAGAAUUGACUGUGUCCAUAAAAUGUAUAUAGUAUGCAUGGGCUAGAAGUAGAGGCCUAAGCGUUGUUGUUCACUAGUUUACUCCAAUUGGGGAAGGGGUGGUGGGGGUUGGAAAGUAAUGAAGUGUCAAGGCGUGCUGAAGGUGGGUGUGGUGUAGGAAUCAUGUGCAGGACACAGAGGCUCAGUCCAAAGGCUUUAGUGCAAUAAAUAUAUAUCCAACCGAAGCAAAAUAAGCCCGAAGGCAAAAUGCACGACGCACACAGGCGACCAAAACGAAUGACGCACAAACAUGUGCAAACAACCCUCUCAAACACUGGAGGGAAAAUGUAGCUCCAAAACACGAAACAGUAGUACAAUCACACACAACGACAAGCACACACAACGAGAACUAAAUAGGCCACUAACGAGGACUAACAAGACACAGGUGUACAACAUCCAGACAAAACCAAUCAAGCAUGAAACAUAGAUCGGUGGCAGCUAGUACUCCGGGGACGACGACCGCCGAAGCCUGCCCGAACCAGGAGGAGGAGCAGCCUCGGCCGAAACCGUGACAGUACCCCCCCCCCUUGACGCGCGGCUCCAGCCGUUGCGCCGAACCCCAGGCCUCGGGGACGACCAGGAGGACGCGGAGCAGGGCACGCGGGAUGGUCCCGGUGGAACCCGACAGGAGAGAUGGGUCUAGGAUGUCCCUCCGCGGCACCAGCACCGCUCCUCCGGGCCGUACCCCUCCCACUCCACGAGAUACUGAAGACCCCCCAUCCGGCGUCUAGAGUCCUAGAUGGACCAGAACCGGUUGUACCGCCGGGAGGCCCCCUCGAUGUCCAGUGGGGGCGGAGGAGUCUCCCCUAUUCAUUGUCCUGGAGUGGACCAGCUACCACCGGCCUGAGAAGAGACACAUGGAACGAGGGGUUAAUAUUCCUAUACUCAACAGGUAGAUGUAAUUCUAUAACAAACCUCGUUUCAUCUUCUCAGGACUUAAAGGGCCCCAACAAACCGCCGACCCAGCUUCCGGCAGGGCAGGCGGAGGGGUAGGUUUCUGGUAGAGAGCCAGACUCGAUCUCCGGGUGGCUGUACACCGGCCCCCUCACUGCGGUGGAGAUCGGCGCUCGCCUUGUGACGAAGGACGGCCCGCUGCAGGUGGACGUGGGCAGCGUUCCACGUCUCUUCCGAGCGCCUCAUCCAAUCAUCCACCGCAGGGGCCUCGAUCUGGCUCUGCUGCCAAUGGUGCCAGAACCGGCUGGUACCCUAACACACAUUGGAAUGGGGGUUAGGUAGUAGAGGAGUGGCGGAGAGAGUUUGGGCCAUCUCGGCCCAGGGAAAUUUGGUCCCGGUGCCCACUCCCCGGCCGGUCCGGGAAAUUACAACCCCCCAAAACCCCUCCCCAAAUCCUUUUUGGGCCACUUUCAAAAUCCCCUUUACUCUCCGGGUGGUCCCCUGGGGAAAGGCAAACCCGCCCCCCCCCAAAACGCCCAUAAAACGCUCCCCAAAAACCCUAGAUUUUAAAAAGGGGAAACCUCGAUAAAGCACUAAUCCGGGGGUUACCCCGGUAAUCCCGGAAAAGACAUGGGUAAAUAGGGGCCUUAAAGGGGUUGUAGGGCAGUAGGAAGACCCCCCCUGGGGAGAAGACGACAGGCCUUAGAAACCGGUCCCAACGCCCGGGAAUGUGGUUUUCCCCCUGAGAGGGGGAAAGGUUUCUUCAAAAAAUCCACCGAGGGGUUUUGGGGCCCAGGGUCGUUGGGGAAAGGGAAAAAGGGGUUGUAACUUCCCCCGGGGCAGAUGCCGGGGCCCCUUAACCCGGGGGGCACCACCAGCAAAAAAACCCAAUUAAAACCCCAAUUUUACCCAAAAGGGGGAAACCAGUUUUGGCUUGGGAACCAUCCCCCGAAAACCCCCUUUUUUGUUCCGAAUCCCGGGGGCCCAAAAAUUUAAUCCCCCCCCCUUUUUUCCCCAAAUUUCCUUCCCCCCCUUUUCCUUUUUUUUUUGGGGGCUUGGGUGGGGCAAAGCUUUUUCCUUUUUUCCCUAACCCUCCCCACCCCCCCCCCGGUUCCACUAGGCAAAACUCCGGUGUAUGGGAGGGGGCUCAAGGACCUCCCUCCGUGUAAAACCCCCGGGAAAAGGCAUUUUUCCCUUACCAUUCUGGGACCCGGGGAUUACGUGUUUUUAAAUACAAUUUGGUGAAAAAACAUAUUUCCCCCACGAGCCUGGGAGGGUUUCAUUCUCCUGGGUUGCCCGGUUUGUACCCCCGGGUUCCGAUGGCGGGGUAAAAAUGGGGAAAGGGGGGGGUUGGGCCCCCUCACCCAAAUGCCCCCCACCCCUUUAAAGGGCUUGAACUACAGCUAACACCCCCCCUUUUCCCCCAAAACGUCAUAUUACGCCCCCGCCGGGCUGACCCUUUUUUUAAUUUAAAAAAAGCACAGGGGGGGAUUUUAGGGGGCUCCCGGACCUUGAGGGGAAGGGGGGCCCCCAAAUACCAGCCUCAAAACCGCUCCCUCAAACCAAAAGGGAAAAAGGGGGAAUCCGGAUGCGCUAGCCCCCGGAGCCGACGUAAACGGGCCCUUCAGUCCCCAAAAGGGCCCACCCCGCACGGCUGCCCAACUGAAAGGCGCCCCGGGCCCCCCCUUCAAAAAGGGACGUGGGGGAGCUCCCCACCGGGCCCAAAAAACCCCGGAUAAACCCCCUUUGGGAAAUUCGCAAAGCCCAAAAAAUGUUGAAACCUCUUUUACAGUAGUUGGGGUUUGCCAAUUCGCAAGGGGGCCACACAUCCACCUCCCCUUCUCACCCCCCGACGCGGGCAAAACCCAAACCCAAAAAAAGGGGGGACCGACUCCUGGGAAAAAAAAGAACCCUUUCUCUGCCUUGACAAUAGGUUUGUCUUUCCCAAAAGCCCCCUCAAUUUAAAAAAACGCCGCCCCAGGGGUUUUAUGCUCGGUUGGGUAGACGAGACAAAACCCAAAAGGUUAAACAUUUUUACGACCCCCCCCUUGUCCCUGCAUAUCCCGGACAAAGUUUUUACGAAAGGGUUGGAAAAUGAUGGGCAUUUCCCUCAACCCCUAUGGCAUGACAGAUAUUCCGGGAAAAGCCCAGACGUGGGUUAAAUAAAAACCGUCUUCCCUUCGUCACCCCCCCCCAAUGCGCACCCAAAUUAUACGCGCCCUGAGAUCCAGUUUUGUGAAAAAACCCCGCUCCAGGAAAAAGAAUCCGUCCCGGGGCGAAAAAGAGGGGUGGGUAACUGUAUUUCACAGUAAUUUUGAUUAGACCCCCGGUAAACAAUUCAAAAGGGCGCAAACCCCCCCUCUUCUUUUUCACAAAAAAAAAAGCUCGGGGGGGGAAGGGGGGGGAAAGUGGAGGGCCCCAAUGUUCCCGUCCCCAAAGAUUCGGCUUUUAUAAAUCUCCAUUGGGUUUUCCCCUCCCCCUUUAGGGGGCAAAAGGAACAUGGGUCCGUGGGAGCGCUGCUCCGCCUGGAGAUCAAUUCCCCAAACCCCCUGUCUAUAGGAGGCAAUGCGUUUGCCCUAGUUUUUCUAAAAACGAGUGCUAAAACCCCCUAUCAGGGGGGGAAAGUGCAGUGCAAAGGGACUUUUGGGUUUUUUCUUUCCACCGAAGUCGGGCCCCCCGGGAAACCCAAAACCCCCACAUGCCCCUCGACUGAGCGACCAACCCCUCGAGAGCCCCUGUUGCCCCGAAAUAAAACAGGGUUAUGGGGCUUAAACCCGGGGAAACCCCCCAACCACGGGUACCAAAGGGGAGUCAUCAGAUACAACUGAUAGUUUUCCCUGACCCCCCCCGCCCCACACCCCGAAUUUGGGGCUUUUUGAUCUCCCUGAUCAACCCCGACCCCCAAAGGACGGCUUGGGUUUUAAAGGGAUGAACCGGGGAAAAAGGGUUUGGUUAAAAAGGUGGAGAGGGAUCCCUAACUCAAAAAAAAAACUUACGAUCAAAAAAAAAUUCCCAGGCCCCCUGAAUCUUUCGCGCCUUAUGCUGGGAAGGGGGUGCAACCUGUGGAAAAAAACAGGUAUACAAAAGGGGGAAAAAAGCUCUGGGUAAGUGGGACGUCUACUCACCUGGGGGGGCCCCCCAGUGCGUGGGCCUUUUUUUCGUUUUUUUUUACUUUUUGGAGGGAACCCCCCCCGCACCUGGCGUAGGUGCCCCCACGACCGCAAUUGGGGCAGGGGACCGGCCCCCCUGGGCCCCCUACCCCCGUUCUCUAGGCCGGACCCCCAAUUUCCCUGGGGCUCGGCUCGGGGGUGCCCCGGGGGGGGCGGGAAAGGGGGGACUCCCCUCGGGGGUCCACGGGGGGCCAGCAGGGGGUCCAGACGGAUGGACCCUCGACCAAAUGGUCGAAAGGGAAGAUGGGGUUUCCCCGCAGGCCAACUCACCUUUUAACGUUCCCCUCGUAGGCUACAUCGAAAAAAGGCGAUGAGGCCCUUUUAUUCCCCCCGGGUCCCCCCCGUAGAGUCCCCGGUUUCUCUAGAGCGGGAAAACCUGAGCGCUCCCCCUUUCCCCCCCCGCUCAAAAGGACCCGCGUCCCCCGCCGUUUUUCCCCCCAGGGGAGGGCGAACACGGCCUUUAAGCGGGGGGGGAGAACUCGGCGUAGGUAAUGGGGUUGGCGUCCCUUUUCCCCACCCCCCGGCGUUUUUCCCACUCCAACCCUUUGCCCGUUUAGCCCGGAGAUGAAGGGGGAAACGCCCCCGUAUCCCGAGGGCAAACCCGGGGGUACAGUGGCCAGGUAGAGCCUACCCUGCAGGAGGAAACCCCCGACACCCGGCGCUGUUCCGGGAUAAGCCCUCGGGGGCGAGAGCCGAAUCCCCCCGGGUUCCGAAAAAGGGGGUAGUGGACCGACCGGGUGGGAAAGGGCAGGGUAGGUGGAGGUGUUGGGGGAAAACUGCCCGGGCCCCCCCAUGGGUGCAUGUGUUUAUUUAACCCCCUGUAAGCGGUCUCCCCGGGGUUUGGAAAUUUUGGGCCCCUUUCCCAGGAGAUCUCCUCGGGAACGAAAACCCGGCGUCACGCCGAUCCCGUGAUUCCCUUAUCCCAAGGGGUUGAUUCUGUCAAAAGGGGGCUGAAGGGGGGUGUGGUUUUAGGAAUUAUGCGCAAGGAACAGAGGCUCAGCCAAAAAGGGUUUAGUGCAAAAAAAUUUUAAAUCCCAACCCAAACAAAAAAAAGCCCGAAAAGGGAAAGAAAGACCCCCACAGGCUAAAAACGAAAAAAAAAGCCAAACAUGUGCAAAAAACCUCUCAAAACUUUGGGGAAAAUGUAGCUCCAAAAAAAAGAAACAGUUUGUCAAUCACACACAACGACAAACCCACACAAAGAAACUAAAUAGGCCACUAACGGGGGCUAACCGACAAGGUGAACAAAAAGACAAAAAACCCAAAAGAACAUAAACAAAAGAUCGGGGGCAAACUAGUAAAUCCGGGGGCAACCCACCGCCGAAACCCGCCCGAAACCCGGAGGGGGAAACAGCCCCGGGCCCAAACCCCCUGACAUUAAGGAAAUAAAUUUUUAAAAAAAAAGGGUUGUGUUUGUGUAUGGAGGGAUGUUUUAUUAAUAUGUAUAUAUGUAUGUUAUACAGUGAGGGAAAAAAAGAUUUGAUCCCCCGCUGAUUUUAAAAUUUUUCCCACUGAAAAAAAAGACAUUAUCAGUCUAUAAUUUUAAUGGUAGGUUUUAUUUGAACAGUGAGAGACAGAAUAACAACUAAAAAAUCCAGAAAAAACGCAUGUCAAAAAGGUUAUAAAUUGAUUUGCAUUUUAAUGAGGGAAAUAAGUAUUUGACCCCUCUACAAAACAUGACUUAGUACUUGGUGGCAAAAACCCUUGUUGGCAAUCACAGAGGUCAGACUUUUCUUGUAGUUGGCCACCAGGUUUGCACACAUCUCAGGAGGGAUUUUGUCCCACUCCUCUUUGCAGAUCUUCUCCAAGUCAUUAAGGUUUCGAGGUUGACAUUUGGCAACUCGAACCUUCAGCUCCCUCCACAGAUUUUCUAUGGGAUUAAGGUCUGGAGACUGGCUAGGCCACUCCAGGACCUUAGUGUGCUUCUUCUUGAGCCAAUCCUUUGUUGCCUUGGCCGUGUGUUUUGUGUCAUUGUCAUGCUGGAAUACCCAUCCACGACCCAUUUUCAUUGCCCUGGCUGUGGGAAGGAGGUUCUCAACCAAGAUUUGACGGUACGUGGCCCCGUCCAUCGUCCCUAACCCUAAAAAAAUUAAAUUAUAAUAAUUAUAAUAAUAUGGCUCUUAGAACAUUACUUUAAUUUCUCAAAACACUAAUAUGGCUGGAAAAAACAAAGGUUGUAUGGUAUCUGAUUUUGCAUGUCUUUUUAGGGACCAAGCAUUUUUUUCUUAUUGUGCAACGUGAGAGUAGAGAACUCUGGAGAGAUCAAGUUUGUCACCAAACACAUGGAAUGCACAGCCUACCAGGAGGUGGAGGGUAAUAUGAUUACUUCUUCUUUGUAUUCCCACUCCCAUGCUUUGUGUUGUUUUAUUGAACGGAUAGGACAGUGAAGAGACAGGAAAGGUAGGAGGAGUGUGAGUCAGAGAGGUAGUGGAUCAGAUUCAAACCCCUGCCGACUCUGGUAGCACUAACCACUCAGGCACCUCCUUUUUCUGUACAUCUGAAAUUGUAGUCAAAUCUCUCUCUAUAGACUGUCCCACAUUGAAAUGUCAGGUAAACUCAUACAGUUCCUUUAUUGUAGUAACAAAUUAGUUAUGGGGACAGGAUAUGGAAAUAUCAAUAUCAGAUGCUUUCUUUCCAAUACGAUAUCGAUAAAUAUUGAUUUAUCGAUUUUAGUGCCAGCCACUGGUUUAAAUGAAUUAUCGUCAGGUCACAGACCACACCUCACACCACACUUUGGAACCAAACCAAAUAGUAUUUUAUCCUUGCAGAGCUUCCCUUGAACAUAACGAAACCUCUCCAAGACAAAGUAGCCCUUGAGAUGAGUCGUGCGAUCAUGCACUGCUCCGUGUCCAACCUGCAGUGCAGCAUCCGCUGGUAGAAGGGCAGCAAUGUCAUCCUGCCCUCGGAGCACUUUGAGAUCUGCAGUGAGGGCUUCUAUCGCAAGCUGGUUAUUCAACAGGUGGCACUGGAUGAUGAAGGAACCUACAGUGUGCAGUAUGGGAAGCACACAUGCUCUGCGAAAUUAACUGUAGAAGGUAAGAACAUCAAAAAAGUGACAGUUCACCCCACAUUCAUGGUUUCAGACCUGAAAAGUGGCAUUUUUGUCAAGAUGAGGCUACAUCCUCUCCAUAUAUUGUGUUGAUCCAGCUACAGUAUAUGCCUCAAUUCCAAAUGAAUGGAAAAUAUAGGGACUAAAUAGUUCCCCAAUUUUAUUCAGUAAUAUAGCAAGGUCAAUAAUUUAAGGUCAGUUUUGCAUCCCCCCUGAUGGUUAGGAUUUGGGGAGAGUAGGCUGUUCUUAGAUCUGUGUCUAAGGGAAGCGUAGAAGGAUCAGCGACCUGAAAAUAACAGCUCCAUCUACUGGGGACAUUGCAAUAAGACAUUCCUAUUCAUUACACACUACAGGUCACUCAGUUCAGUAUUUUAGAGGAUCAUAGGUCAACUCUAGUACUAUGUAAUUGUAAUGCAGUUACUAAAGUUCUAUGUAACAACAUUGUAUUAACAUGUUGUUACAAGUGAACUUACAGCGUUAACCAGGUAUGAAAGUAACUUAAUGGAAAGUGUUACCAUAAAUUCUAUUCAAGCAUUGUUCCAUGCACCUUAUCUGCAAUUAACAUGUACAGGUGAGUCAUUUGAUUCUCAUUUAAUUCAUCAUAGAGUAACUAGAGUGUAUAGGGUAAUCAUGUUUAAAAGUACACUCAGCAAGGUGACAUCCUCAAACACAAUGGGGUAACCUCAUACAACAUGGACAACAACAUCAACAGACUUCAAAACAUCCUUUAUGGUGGAAAGUGCACAUUGUGAGAAGCCAGCAAUGGCAGUCAUUGUAUAUCUGAAUUUUGGUGACAUUGUGGUCUUAUGUUGCUUUGUUGUUAAUGAUGAUGUCAUCUUGUUGAGUGUACCUUUGAGUGCACCCCCAUUUUUCCCUCAAUUGAUUUAUCUUUCUCUGGUCAACAAAGCUCAGUCUCUCCUAAUGGUGAGGGAACUGAAGAGCGUGGAGGUGGUGGCCCCAGACGAGGCCUGCUUCGAAUGUGAGGUCUCGGUCUCCGUCCUCAAAUCCUCAGUGUGGAGCCUGAAGGGGGAGGCCCUGCAGCAUGUGCCCAAGGUCAGCCUGGAGAAGAUGGGCAAGGUCCACCGACUCACCCUCCGACAGACCUACGUCGACAUGAGCGGACUGGUGGAGUUCACGUCGGGAAAAGCCAAGAUCAGCGCUCCAUGUCAAGAG